UCAACACUACUAUAUAACAAAUAAUUUGAGCCAUGAUAGUCCCAGGAAUGACCGACUUAUUUUCGGUGAUUGAUUUCCCGACUCCAUAGUUGCCAUGAUUCACAAACUUCUUUAUGAACGCAGUCUCAACGAACUUAUAGGCAAUAAGAGCCGGCUCCAGAAGGAAUGUAUCAGUAGUCUGGGUUUUAUCAAGAGGUUCGGACUUCACACCGAGUUGCAGUGUCAUGAUGGGUGUGUUAACUCACUCUCCUUCAACCACACAGGGGACAGAGUGAUUAGUGGAAGUGAUGACACGUGCAUCUGUAUGACAGAUAUUGUGGAGGGUAAAACUAUUCUUACUCACAGAACGGGACACUUUAGCAAUAUCUUCCAGACAAAAUAUGUGCCUAAUGUAGAGAACGAGAUGGUAUCAGCAGCACGUGACGGCAGUGUAAGACACUACCACAUCAGUUCAGGGGACCGGGUAACAGAGCGGGAACUUACUAAGCACUCCGGAGCAACUCACAAGCUAUGUGUCAACAACAGAAACGAAGUGCUGAGUGCAGGCGAGGAUGGCUGUGUUGCACAGACGGACAUGCGGACAGACAAGAGUAAUGUGAUUGUUGAGCAAGACAAAGCAUUGUACUCUAUUGAUACGGACUACAAUAACUACAUCAUACUCUCUGGGGUUUCAACUGAGACCUGGUUACACGACCUCAGAAACCCAGCUACCCCGGCUCUCAUCUACAAUCCGCUCUCGCAAGAAGAGGACAGUGACGAUGAGACUGAGGAUCACGCUGAGUUAGACACCGGAACCUGCUGCAAGUUCAAUUACAACGGAAGUUCACUGAUAGUAAGUUACAACAACGACACGAUAUAUCUGUACAACACGCACGAUAACACGGAGUACAAGCACAAGUACACGGGACACCGAAAUCAUGACACAGUUAAAGGAGUCAACUUCUACGGGCUCAACUCUGAGUAUGUCAUGUCAGGCAGUGAUUGCGGGCAUAUAUUUCUGUGGAACACAACAACAGAGGACAUAGUACAGUGUCUAGUAGGGGAGGAGGAUGGUAUAGUUAACGUCCUCGAGUUUAACCCUUACAGUCCGAUGAUAGCGAGUUCUGGUUUAGAGCAUUGUGUUAAGAUCUGGACUCCUAAUCUGGAAGAUGAAACUCAGCUGAGUAAUCUUAGUGAGAUCGUGGAGAAGAAUGCGUCACGUGACUCCCUGUCACAUGAUGUUCUCACCAUCUUCUUAUCGAGAAUGAGCGGUGAGGAAUUACAGAACAGCUGUCGACAGAGUUGAAAUAUUUAAUCACCGAAUUAUUACUGAUUACAACUAGUAAAUAACUAAAAAUUAGUUCAGAAUAUGGGAGUUGAGGAGUGAGGACACGUGGUUUGUACGUGGUUUGCACGUGGUUUGCACGUGGUUUGCACGUGGUUUACUGGCUGAUGAAGGGAUUGUGUUGUUGAUAUUUUCACUAUCAGAAAUAACUUAAUAGAGAAUAGCCAGAGUUCUUUGGCCGGGCUUGUUUUGCUUACGGGAAUCUAUAGUAAGGGGUCGUUCACAUAUUACGUAAUCAUUUUUUGGAACAUUUUAACCCCCCCCCCCCCCUCCGUAAUCAGUUUUACACAUAGCUAUUGUGUCAAAAUUACACUAGCGUAAUCAUUCGGAAACCCCCUUCCCCCUCAGCUGAUUACGUAAUAUGUGAACGACCCCUAAUUAAUGCAAAUAUACAAAUAAUACGAAUGAUGCUGAAUGAUAAUAAGAUUAACAAUAAAUUGUAAUAAUGUACAAUUAUUGAGGUAGGACUUAUACUCAGCAGUGUUUAAUCUAAACAUGCCACAAAUUAACUUAAAUAAUAGGUAAGGACUUGAAAGAUAUGCUUGAAAACAUAUCGUUAAUGCCUGUGGAAGAGUAAUCUGUAGUAUACUUAUAUCUAAAGAUCGAACACCGAUUAUGACCAAAAGAAUUACGGGAUCUUUAACAUGUUACGCUUAAGGGUGAAGAGGGUUUGGAAAUUAUUAUGCUAUUUAUUUCCACACAACUUUAAGUGUAUUAUUGCUGAUCACGAAGGGGAUUACAAAUGGUCAACAUCUGUCACAUGUAAUAUACUUAUAAUAUGCGAACCGCGAACGAUUCCUUGGGCUGUCCAUAAAUCUAAAUUUAAGAGGUUAAAGUUGAAUGAUGAUUCAGAUAGCAUAUCUAACGGUCUUCUUUGUUCUUGGUUAAGAAUUAUUGAUUUUAAUCUUGAUUACCUGGGUUAUGCUUAACGUUGUAGGUUUUUUGGAGGUCUUAAACAUUAAUCUGAAGGUAA